GCAAUAUAUGGUAGCGUUUUGUUAGAUUUUUGAAAAUAGGUUCAAAUCCUGAAGAACUACGACUCCAAAUUUACUGAAACGUUUUGGAAUAUGUCUUUAAAAUUAAGAUGUUCAUCUUGAGUGGAUGUCUUUUCCUACUACACGAAAUUCACUCCAGAGGAAUUGAUGAAAAUAAAACACAUUUUCUCCAAGACUUGGGAAAAGUUGACGAGUUGCAAAAGCCAACGAAAACUAUGAACGCUACUGAUGAAAACCAGCAGUUUGAAACAAGGAACUGCAUCUUCAGGGUGGAAGAGGAUGACCAUCUGAUCAGUAUGAACAAGACGAGAGAAGAGAUCGAAAGCGAAGGGAAGAAAAUAUUCGACGAGAUUUGUGAAGGCGAUCUGGAUUCGAAUGGGGACAGAAUCAGUUCUGGAGCGCUUGCGAGUCUAUGCUGCGGUUGAAGAUAAACUCUCCCUUGCAAUGCAAAAGACAGUUUAUUAAUUAUAAUUACAAAUUAUUUAUUUAUUGACAUUUAAUUUUAUCAAAUUGACAAAAAAGCAAUUGUAAUAAAAAGUGGAAUUUAAAUGAGAA